AUGUCCACCGGACGCAAGGUCUUCCACUGCGCUCUGGACGAGACGGCUCUCACCACCAACAUUAGCGAGAUCAAGAAAUGGACUACCAAUGGUGCCAUCGAUCUCAUUGUCCCGCUUUACACCCUUGAGCGACUCCACGCACUCAAGCGAGCUGGAUCGCAAACCGCGAUAAACGCCCGCGAGGCCGUGCGCUUCCUUGACCGAGUCACCUCCGGUAAAGACCACAUUCCUGCCAACCGAGUCGCCCUGCAAGGCCCCAUGGAACAGUACGAGCGAUGGGAGGAUGCGGAGAAAUUCUUCUUACCCGAGUUCGAGGAGGAACCGGAAGCGAUUACCGAUAUCGACCCCGUUCAGUCCUCGCCGGACGGCUCGCCCAAAAUGAACGGCAAUUCCGACCCGCAUGAUUUGUCGCAGAUGUUGCUAAGCAAGUUGAACUUCAAGAAAGAUAACGAGGUCGCAUCUGUCACUUCUGGCGGUAGUCCUAGCGCUCCCGGAUCGCGCAACUCCUCCCGCAGCUCACGCACCAGCCCCGAGUGUACUCAGCAUGAGAACAGCACCGCUCAGCCCGAGGAAGCACCCAAGUCGGGUCAUCGACGUACCGAGUCGGGCUCUACAAUUCCAGUCGCUCCACAAGUGCUACGCCCGCUUCUGAGUGCGCUCUUGUGGAGGCUUCACAGUGGCCCAGAUGCUGAUAACUCUGCCAAGAGCUGUAUCCUGGUGACCAAUGACCGAAUGACGCAGGUUUGGGCCCAGAAAUUCGGCAUCGCAGUGAAAAACAUUCUCCAGCUACGUACCGCAAUUCAGUACGAAGAGCGCGAGUACAAAAAUCGCUGCAAGUACGCCGAGAAGGUCCAGGCUCACCCUGUUGAGCAGCCCAAGACUCUCCUUUCGUACGAGGACGAAUCCGACGAGGAUGAGCUUGUUUUUGUUCCUCGCGGCGGCCGCGGCGGCAAAGGUUCGUCUGCUCGUGGAGCUCGAACCGGAAGCUCUCGCAAACCACCGCUGAAAGCUGCGCCAGCUGCUGUUGAAACCCCCGUGGAAGUUCCCACACGACCGAUUGACCCUAACUCUUUCAGCCGAUCCCUCGGCAGCGCUAAGAAGGAUCCUGCCACUGUAGACUUGAGCACCCAGCAAGGCGCUGCUCGUGGUCUUUCGGGAGCCUCACGUCGCUCGAAUGGACGCCGCGGAGGUGCCGGCCGGGCUGCUGGACGUGGAAGCGGCCGCGGUCAGGGUAAGCUUUGGGUUCCUUGA